AUGAAGGACAUGGAAGAUGUGUUCGUUACACUGAAGACCGGGUCCAACGAGGCCCGUGAGAAACUACCAGUCCACUUUGGCACGACAUUCCGCUGCGUCCCGCACUACGGCAUCUACUCCGAUCUAGAGGAAACGAUAGCCGGCCACCGAGUCCUGAACGCUCUCGACGAUGUGACGCCUGCGAUUGUGGAGAACCACCCGGAUUUCACGUAUUACCAGCACCUGCAAGAGAACGGAAGAGAGGGAUUUUCGGAGGAGCAGGUUGCGCAGUGGUCGUCAGCACAGAGCACCGAGUUUGGGCGAGAUAGUCCUGGCUGGAAGCUCGACAAAUGGAAGUUCUUGCCGUUGGCAGAGAAGGCUCUUGCAGCCAAGCCCGACGCGAAGUGGUUUGUCUUCAUGGAAACAGACACGUACAUUCUGUGGAGUAACCUGCUCGAGUGGCUGUCACGCUUCUGGUCGGAGUACCCUUAUUACAUCGGGGUGCAGAUGCAGAUCCAGGAAACGGUGUUCGCCUAUGGGGGAGCAGGCUUCAUCCUCUCCAAUACAGCCCUGAAGAUGCUCGUGAAGAAGAUCAAGAUGAACCGCAGACACUACGAAGACUAUACUGGGGACCACUGGGCGGGAGACUGCGUUCUUGGAAAGGUCGUGGAGGAUGCGGGCAUGCAUCUACAAUGGUCCUGGCCCAACCUGUUGGCCGAACACCCGAACGAUAUGGACUUCGACGAGCACUUUUCCAGUCCAACAUCACAGCUCUGGUGUCACCACGUCGCCAGCUACCACCACAUGCUGCCGGAAGACAUAGUGCAAUUCUACGAGUUCGAGAACAAGUGGCGCCAGAUGAAUGGUAGGACGUUGCGUCACAAGGACGUAUUCCGGCAAUACUUGCUCCCACAAUUAGCUACACUGCAGGCGAAUUGGGACAACUUAUCAGGCGAAGUUCGAGAUGAGAAAAGCUCCCUUGAAGAGUGCCGCAGUCUUUGUGAGUCCGAAGAGGAUUGCGUGCAGUUCUCCAUUGCGGGUCCAACCUGCAAGACUUCAACGGUCAUCAAGCUGGGACGACGUAGCCACACAAGUGGAAUGGAGGUGAAUUCAGGCUGGAUGAUGGAUCGUGUGCAUCAGUUUAUGGACAGGAUGGAUGCUUCAUGUUGGGACGAAGCUUGGAUAGAUUCUUAA